AUGGUGAAGAAAGAGGAGUUCUCGGACGAGUCCGUCAGAUCCAUCCAGUCGUUCUCGACACUGAGCUCAGACGACCCGAGCCGAAUGGACCAUGACACGCGGCACGUGGCGUGCGAUAUCGUGCUGGUGAUUGAUGUGUCUCUAAGCAUGGGAGGUGAUGCCCCGGCAGCAGUGACUGACGAAGAAGGCAACCACUCGAGAGAAAGCUUCGGCCUCUCCAUCCUCGACUUGACCAAGCACGCGGCUCGUACGAUCAUCGAAACGCUCAGCGAAGGAGACAGGCUGGGCAUUGUUACUUUCAGUGAUACAGCAAAGGUGGUGCCAAAACUGGUCCCGAUGACAGAUGCGAACAAGAUACUCGCGCGGUCGAAUAUCGACAAGAUGCGACCUGAGGACGUGACAAACCUUUGGCAAGGGGUGAACGAAGGCCUGGGGCUUUUUCAUGGCGCUGACACGGGCCGAGUACCAGCGUUGAUGGUCGUCACUGAUGGACAGCCCAACUACAUGUGUCCCGGGCAAGGCUAUCUACCAAAGAUCAGGUCCAUGGGCCCACUCCCGGCGACGAUUCAUACCUUCGGCUUCGGCUAUAGAAUUAGAUCGGGGCUGUUGAGUUCCUCGCAGAGAUCAGUGGCGGUAACUAUGCCUUCAUCCCUGACGCUGGCAUUAUUCCAUGAGACUGUGUUCAUCCAUGCCGUCGCUCAUUUGCAGACGACAUACGCCACCAAGUGCACCCUCGAAAUUUCACCCCCCGCCUCUAUGAGGCUGAGGACGACGACCGGCAAGAUCAUCAAGACCAUCAAGACCAUCAAGACCAUCAAGACCAUCGAGACCAUCAAGCUAGAGGAUGCUCCGGAAUACAUAGUCAUCGAGGACCAGAACCUGCUGAUUACUUCUUCCAUUCCGAAGGCAGUAGUAGCUUACCAUCAGAAUCGGUCAAUGCUCUGCAACUUUCUCCUAUCCCUCUUCUCGCAGAGGAAGGAUGGCGAGUAUGUCACGCAACCAUCUGCCGAUUUCGAAUCAAACAAGCAAGCUCUCCAGAAGCUGUUGGACAAGAUCCCGGCCAAGAACUACAAAGACCCGCACAACCAGUCUCUCAUGGAGGAUCUUAAUGGUGAUUCCCCGUGCGGACAGGUCAGCCCGGCUCUGUCGAGCAGGGAAUACCUCGAAAGCUUGUGGAAUGCUCAUGCGAAGCAGCUGUGUAAUUCCUUCAAGGAUUCCGGCCCGAAUAUGUACAAUGACAACCCAUUCUUCAUCAAAUGCAGAGGUCUCCUGGACAAAGCUUUCGACAAACUCCCACCGCCGGAGCCCUCAAAUAAGGUCACGGCAAGAGCUGACAGCUACCGAGGCGCUCACCAGCCGCCCCAAGAUAUGUCAUUGUACAACCAGCCCAACGGUAAAUGUUUCGCCGCUUCAAGCAACAUCGAGCUGGCAGACGGUCGCGAGAUACCGGUGUCCAAGGUUCGCGGAGACUUCGUCGUCCAGACGCCGUCGGGACACAGACGGGUCAUGGCGGUGCUGAAGACGAAGGUCAAAGGGAUCACCAUGUGCAAGAUUGGCGACCUCGUAGUCACCCCGUGGCAUCCCAUCAGAGCUGAGCAUGGAUGA